AUGGAUCAAGGAAAAAGUGAUUCAAAUGAGAUAAACGAUAACAACGACCAUGUGAGCACAGAUCUAUCUCCAUCUAGUUUAAAUGAAGUCAUGAUUUCUAAGAUUGGCAUGACUUUUAUAUCUGAAGAUGAAGUUCGUAAUUUUUAUAAAUCAUAUGCUCAGAAUUUUGGUUUUGGUAUUUCCAAAUUAGGUGGUAAAAAGGGAGAUGAUGGAAAGCAAAAAUAUUUUUGUUUUGGAUAUGCCAAAAGUGGUAAAACAGUAUCUCAAGCCAAAAAUGCUUUGUACCCUAGACCUUCUAUUAAGACAAAUUGCAAAGCUAAGAUUAAUGUUGUUAUUCGGAAUGAUGAUAACUUUGUGAUAAAUAAUGUAUCUCUUGAACAUAAUCACGUCUUGAGCCCGGGAAAGUCAUGGUAUUUUAGAUGUAAUAAAUUAUUGGAUUCAACUACAAAGAGGAAACUUGAAUUAAAUGAUCAAGCAGGAAUUACUUUAAGUAAAAGUUUUCAUUCAUUGGUAGUUGAGGCUGGAGGCUAUGAGAAUUUGACAUUUAAUGAGAGAAAGUGUAGGAAUUAUAUUUCAGAAGCUAGAAGGUUGAGGUUAGGGGAUGAAGAUGCUGAAGCCUUGAGUAAUUAUUUUUGUCGCAUGCAAAGUCGGAACUCUAACUUCUUUUAUGUGCUUGAUUUAGAUGAAGAGUCUCGAAUAAGAAAUGUUUUUUGGGCAGAUGCAAGAUGUAGGGUUGCAUAUCAUUAUUUUUCUGAUGUUGUGACUUUUGAUACAACUUAUUUGACUAAUAGUUAUGAUAUGCCAUUUGCUCCUUUUGUUGGGAUGAAUCAUCAUGGUCAAUCCAUUUUGCUUGGAUGUGGAUUAUUAUCAAGUGAAGAUUCAGAAACAUUCAUAUGGUUGUUCAAAUCUUGGCUGACAUGUAUGCUUGGGCGUGCUCCAAAGGCCAUAAUCACAGACCAGUGUCGUGCCAUGGCAAUUGCUAUUGAAGAGAUAUUUCCGGAUUCUCAUCAUCGUUUGUGUCUUUGGCAUAUAAUGAAAAAAUUACCAGCAAAAUUAGGUGGGCAUGCUCAAUAUAAGCUGAUAAAGAAACAAUUGAAGAAUAUUGUUUACAACUCACUUAGUAUUGAUGAAUGUGAUGAGAAUUGGAUGAAAAUGAUUGAGGUUUUUAAUUUAGAGAACAAUGACUGGUUGAAAUCUUUGUAUGAACAGCGGAAUAGAUGGAUACCUGUGUAUGUCAAAGAUAAGUUUUGGGCAGUUUGA